CUUUUCAGCUACACUUGGGAAGCUGUUGAUACCAAAAAUCAGAUGCUUUACAAGAUCAGCGUCUGCGGGAGCGUGGCCAUUGCCGCGUGCGGGGCUUCGAGCGCCGUCUGCGUGCAGGACCUGAAGACGGGCCGCUACCGCUCCGUGGGUGACUCUCUUCUGAAAAGUGCAACCAGAACUCUUCUGGAAUUCAACACAACAGUGGACUGUGACGGGGAGCGACGUGGACGUCACAAAACCCAGAGCAGCAUCACCUUCCUCUGCGGGAAAACCUUGGGCACUCCCGAGUUUGUCGCGGCCGCAGACUGUGUGCACUACUUUGAGUGGAGGACUUCCGCAGCCUGCAAGAAAGACACGUUCAAAGCGAAGAAAGAGGUGCCGUGCUAUGCGUUUGAUGGCGAGUUCAAGAAGCACGAUUUAAACCCACUGAUCAAGCUCAGUGGCGCUUACUUGGUGGACGACUCGGACCCGGACACGUCUCUGUUCAUCAACGUUUGCAGAGACAUAGACGCUCUACGGGACCCGAGCCCGCAGCUGCGCGCCUGCCCCCUGGGCACCGCCGCCUGCCUGGUGCGAGGGAGCCAGGCCUUCGACGUGGGCCAGCCCAAGGAGGGGCUGAAGCUGGUGAGCAAGGACAGGCUGGUCCUGACCUACGGAAAAGAAGGGGCAGGGAGGCCCGACUUCUGUGAGGGCCACAGCCCGGCCGUGACCAUUACCUUCGUCUGCCCCUCGGAGCGCCGGGAGGGCACCCUUCCCAAGCUCACGGCCAAAUCCAACUGCCGCUACGAGGUCGAGUGGGUCACCGAGUACGCCUGCCACCGGGAUUACCUGGAGAGCAGCAACUGCUCCCUGAGCAGCGCGCAGCACGACAUCGCCAUCGACCUGUGGCCGCUGCGGCAGAGCCGAGGUCGUUACUACACUGCCGACGGGAAGGAGUACAUUUUUUAUUUGAAUAUCUGCGGAGAAAUUGAAGCAACCCCAAAGGCCUGUAAUGAGAAACAGGCUGCGGUUUGCCAAGGGAAGAAGCCUGAUUUCACUCAAGUCAAAGUGGCAGGAAAAUUCCAGAGCCAGACUCUCCGGUACUCGGACGGAGACCUCACCCUCAUCUACUCGGGAGGCGACGAGUGCAGCUCGGGCUUCCAGCGCAUGAGCGUCAUAAACUUCGAGUGCAACGAGACCGCGGGUAACGGCGGGAGAGGCACUCCUGUGUUCACCGGGGAGGUGGACUGCACCUACUUCUUCACGUGGGACACGAAGCACGCGUGUGUGAAAGAGAAGGAGGACCUCCUGUGUGGCCUCACCGACGGGAAGCGGCGGUACGACCUGUCCGCUCUGGCCCGGCACGCAGAACCGGAACGGAACUGGGAAGCGGUGGAUGGCAUCCAGAAGGAGGCAGAGAAGAAGCACUUCUUCAUCAACAUUUGCCACCGGCUGCUGCCAGAGGGCCAGGCCCGGGGCUGCCCCGAGGCCCCGGCCCUGCUGAGUGUUGAUAAGAAUGGAAAGAAAAGUCUGGGCAAAUUUAUUUCUUCUCCCACAAAAGAGAAUGGGAACAUUCUACUCUCCUAUUCAGAUGGUGAUGCUUGUGGUGAUAAGAAGAGAAUAAAAACUGAUAUAAUACUUGUGUGCAAGCCAGGAGAACUGGAAAGCGCCCCGGUGCUGAUGGACGCCAGCGAGGACGGCUGCUACUACGAGUUCGAGUGGCACACGGCUGCCGCCUGCGUGCUGUCCCGGACCGAGGGCGACAACUGCACCGUCUUGGACUCCCAGGCAGGGUUCUCCUUUGACCUGUCGCCUCUCACGAAGAAAGAUGGCUACAAGGUUGAGACGGCCAAGUACGACUUCUACAUCAACGUGUGCGCGGCGGUGACCAUGGGCGCCUGCCAGCCGGGCUCUGGGGCCUGCCAGGUGGCGAGAAGCGAUGGGAAGGCUUGGAACUUGGGACAGAGCAACGCUAAGCUUUCCUAUUACGAUGGGAUGAUCCAGCUGAACUACAGGGACGGCACGCCCUACAAUAACAACAGGCACACGCCCAGAGCCACGCUGAUCACCUUCCUCUGCGACCGGGACGCAGGCGUGGGCGUCCCCGAGUACCAGGAGGAAGACAACUCGACCUACAACUUCCGGUGGUACACCAGCUACGCCUGCCCCGAGGAGCCGCUGGAGUGCCUGGUGACCGACCCGCUCUCCAUGGAGCAGUACGACCUCUCCAGGCUGGCAAAGUCCGAAGACGGCCCCGAAGGGAACUGGUAUGCCCUGGACAGCGCCGGAGCACACAGCGCGUGGCGCAAGUACUACAUCAACGUGUGCCGGCCUCUGAGCCCGGUGCCCGGCUGCGACCGCUACGCGUCCGCCUGCCAGAUGAGAUAUGAGAACAAGCAGGGUGUGUUUUCUGAAGUCGUGUCCAUCAGCAACCUGGGCGUGGCCCGGUUCGGCCCCUUGGUGGAGGAGAGCGGCAGCCUCCUGCUGGAGUACGAGAACGGCUCGGCCUGCACCACCAGCGACGGCAUGCAGACCACCUACACCACCCGGAUCCACCUCGUCUGCUCCAGGGGCAGCCUGAACACCCACCCGAUAUUUUCUCUCAUCUGGGAGUGUGUGGUCACUUUCCUGUGGAACACGGAGGCCGCCUGUCCCAUCCAAAUAACGACGGAAACAGACCAGGCCUGUGCCAUAAGGGACCCGAACAGCGGCUAUGUGUUUGACCUCAACCCGCUGAACAGUUCCCAAGGCUACAUCGUCUCUGGCAUCGGGAAGACCUUUGUGUUUAACGUGUGCGGCACGAUGCCCGUCUGUGGGACCCUGGACGGAAAGCCAGCUUCCGGCUGUGAGGCGGCGACCGAGACAGCAGAUCUCAACAACCUGAAGCCGGAGCGGCUGGUUGGACUCGAGAAGACCCUGCAGCUGUCCACGGAGGGUUUCAUGACGCUGACCUACAAGGGCCCCUACUCCGACACCAAGGCGUCUGGUAAUUCUUUCAUCAUCCGCUUUGUUUGCAAUGACGACGAGUACCCAGGAACCGCCAAAUUCCUGCAUCAAGACAUUGAUGCUGGCCUGGGGAUCCGAAAGACUUACAUUGAGUUUGAAACGGCACUGGCCUGCGUGCCUUCUCCAGUGGAUUGCCAGGUCACAGACCUGGCCGGGAACGAGUACGACCUGAGUGGCCUGAGCAGCGUCCGGAAGCCCUGGAUUGCUGUGGACCCCUCGGCGGAUGGACAAAAGAGAACUUUCUACCUGAGCGUGUGCACGCCCCUCCCGUACAUCCCUGGGUGCCGAGGCAACGCAGUGGGGUCGUGUCUGGUGUCCGAGGAGGACAGCUGGAACCUGGGCGUGGUGCAGAUCAGCCCUCAGGCUGCAGCCAACGGGUCCCUGAGCCUCGUCUACGUCAACGGCGACAAGUGCGGGAACCAGCGCUUUUCCACCAGGAUAACGCUGGAGUGUGCCCAGACGUCGGGCUCGCCCACGUUCCAGCUGCUGAAUGACUGCGAGUACGUGUUCGUCUGGAGGACGGUGGAAGCCUGCCCGGUGGUCAGAGCGGAAGGAGACAACUGUGAGGUGCGAGACCCCAGGCACGGCCACCUGUACGACCUGAAGCCCCUCGCCAUGAACGACAGCGUGGUGAACGCCGGGGAGUACACCUACUACUUCCGGGUCUGCGGGAAGCUGUCCUCCAACGUCUGCUCCACCGACGACAAGUCCAAGGUGAUCUCGUCCUGUCAGGAGAAGCGCGGCCCGCUGGGAUUCCACAAAGUGGCAGGCCUCCUCACGCAGAAGCUGACUUACGAGAACGGGCUGCUGAAGAUGAACUACACUGGGGGGGACACUUGCCAUAAGGUGUAUCAGCGCUCGACGACCAUCUUCUUCUACUGCGACCGCAGCACCCAGAAGCCCGUGUUCCUCCAGGAGACCUCCGACUGCUCCUACCUGUUCGAGUGGCGCACACAGUACGCCUGCCGCCCUUUCGACGUGACGGAAUGCUCCUUCAAGGACGGGGCCGGCAACAACUUCGACCUCUCGUCCCUGUCGCGGUACAGUGACAACUGGGAGGCCGUCACCAGCACCGGGGCCCCUGAGCACUACCUCAUCAAUGUCUGCAAGUCCCUGGCCCCGCAGCCCGGCGCGGAGCCGUGCCCCCCAGAAGCGGCCGCGUGUCUGCUGAACGGCUCCAAGCCUGUGAACCUGGGCAGGGUGCGGGACGGUCCCCAGCAGAAGGACGGUGUCACUGUCCUCAAGUACGUGGAUGGCGACUUGUGUCCUGACAAGAUUCGGAAAAAGUCGACCACCAUCCGCUUCACCUGCAGCGAGAACCAAGUGUCUCCCCUCCCCCCUCCUGGCGCAGGGGCCUGCUUCGGGCAGACCAGGAUCAGCGUGGGCAAGGCCAACAAGAGGCUCACCUACGCGGACCAGGUCUUGCAGCUGGUGUAUGAGGAUGGCUCCCCCUGUCCCUCCAAGUCCGGCCUGAGGUACAAGAGCGUCAUCAGCUUUGUGUGCCGGCCCGAGGCCGGGCCCACCAACAGGCCCAUGCUCAUCUCCCUGGAAAAACGGACGUGCACGCUCUUCUUCUCCUGGCACACGCCGCUGGCCUGCGAGCAGGUGACGGAAUGUUCCGUGAAGAAUGGCAGCUCCAUCAUUGACCUGUCCCCCCUCAUCCACCAAACGGGGGGCUACGAGGCGUAUGACGAGAGUGAGGACGAUGCCUCCGACACCAACCCCGACUACUACAUCAACAUCUGCCAGCCACUGAACCCCGUGCACGGGCUGGCUUGUCCCGCUGGAGCCGCCGUGUGCAAGGUGCCCGUGGACGGAACCCCCAUAGAUAUUGGCCGAGUCUCGGGGCCUCCGAUUCUCAAUCCCGUGGCUAACGAGGUCUACUUGAACUUUGAGAGCAGCACCCCUUGCUUAGCGGACAAGAAUUUCAACUACACCUCGCUGAUCUCCUUCCACUGCAAGAGGGGCGUGAGCAUGGGGACCCCGGAGCUGCUGAGGGUUAGCGACUGUGACUUCGUGUUCGAGUGGGAGACGCCGCUGGUCUGUCCGGACGAGGUGAGGACGGAGGGCUGCUCCCUGAUGGACGAGCAGCUCGACUACAGCUUCAACCUGUCCAGCUUGUCCAAGAGCACCUUCAAGGUGACUCGAGACUCGCGCACCUACAGCGUGGGCGUGUGCACGGCGGCCGCGGGGCUGGACGAGGGCGGCUGCAAGGACGGAGGCGUCUGCCUGCUCUCCGGGAGCAAGGGCGUGUCUUUCGGGCGGCUGGCGUCUAUGAGGCUGGACUAUAGGCACCAGGACGAGGCUGUCAUUUUAAGUUAUGCCAACGGCGACACCUGCCCUCCAGAAACCGAGGAGGGCGACCCCUGUGUGUUCCCCUUCACUUUCAACGGGAAGAGCUACGAGGAGUGCGUGCUGGAGAACAGGGUGCGGCUGUGGUGCGCCACCACGGCCAACUAUGACCGCGACCGCGAGUGGGGCUUCUGCAGGCAGUCCAACAGCCACCGGACGUCCGCUAUCAUCUUUAAGUGCGACGAGGAAGCCGAUAUUGGGAGGCCACAGGUCUUCAGUGAGACGCGUGGGUGCGAGGUGACGUUUGAGUGGAAAACCAAAGUGGUCUGCCCUCCAAAGAAGAUGGAGUGCAAGUUCAUCCAGGGGCACAAGACCUACGACCUGCGGCUGCUGUCCUCCCUCACCGGGUCCUGGUUCUUCGACCACGAGGGAGCCUCGUACUACAUAAACUUGUGCCAGAAAGUAAACAAGGGGCCCCUGGACUGCUCGGACAGGGCCAGCAUUUGCAAGAAGAGCGCCUCUGGGGACGUGCAGGUGCUGGGGCUGGUGCACACGCAGAAGCUGGACGUCGUUGAUGACAAAAUCAUCGUGACGUAUUCAAAAGGCGACGCGUGUGGUGAAAACAAGACUGCGUCUACCGUCAUAGAACUGACCUGUGCGAAGACCGUGGGCAGGCCCGCCUUCAGGAGGUUCGACGUGGACACCUGCACCUACCACUUCAGCUGGGACUCACGGGCUGCCUGCGCCGUGAAGCCCCAGGAGGUGCAGAUGGUGAACGGGACCAUCACCAACCCCGUCAACGGCAAGAGCGUCAGCCUCGGGGACAUUUACUUUAAGCAGUUCAGUGCCUCCGGGGACAUUCGGACCAACGGGGACAAGUACCUGUAUGAGAUCCAGCUUUCUUCCAUCACAAGCUCCAACAACCCGGCCUGCUACGGGGCCAGCGUCUGCCAGGUGAAAUCCAAUGACCAGCACUUCAGCAGGAAAGUGGGGACUUCCGAUAAAACCAAAUACUACAUUCAAGAUGGGGAUCUGGAUGUGGUGUUUUCCUCGUCCUCCAAAUGUGGGAAAGAUAAGACAAAAACGGUCUCUUCCACCAUCUUCUUCCACUGUGACCCUUUGGUGAAGGAGGGGAUCCCCGAGUUCAACCACGAGACCGCCGACUGCCAGUACCUCUUCUCCUGGUACACCUCCGCCGUGUGUCCGCUGGGGCCGGGCUUCGACAGCGAGGACGCUGGAGCGGACGCGCCGGCGCGCACGGGGCUCUCGGAGCGGAGCCAGGCGGUGGGCGCGGUGCUCAGCCUGCUGCUGGUGGCGCUCACGGGCUGCCUGCUGACCCUGCUGCUCUACAAAAAGGAAAGGCGGGAAACGGUGCUGAGUAAGCUCACCAGCUGCUGUAGAGGAAGUGCAAACGUGUCCUACAAAUACUCCAAGGUCAACAAGGAGGAGGAGGUGGACGAGAACGAAACGGAGUGGUUGAUGGAAGAGAUCCAGGCGCCGGCCCCGCGGCCCGGGAAGGACGGGCAGGAGAAUGGCCACGUCACCACCAAGCCCGUGGAGGCCGCGACCCUCGCCUCCCUGCACGGGGACGACCAGGACAGCGAGGACGAGGUCCUGACCAUCCCAGAGGUGCGCGUGCACUCGGGCAGAGGGACUGGGGCAGCCAGCACC